UUUAUUAUAGUUUUGUUUUUGUUUUGGUGCAGUAAUGUCACUGCGAAAUAUGCGCUGAUUCGAUUAAUGCAGCUGAUUUUGAUUUUGCUCAAUGAGACGGAAGUGAAAUUAUUUGUUAUACUGCCGAAAUCCACGUGCUGAGUCAAGAUUCUGUCCCUCCGGCCACCAGCCAGCCAGCCAGCCAGUAGAGUAGACGACCAGCUAAGCGCAGAGGUUGAACCACAUGCGAUCAUUGGCAGUUGGAUCGGCAGCAAGCAAGUUGGAGUUAGUUUCGUUUGGGAAUUCCAUCGGAGAACAGCGAGCGUCGCGCGACUUGGCGGGUUCGAAUAAGUUUUGUCUUGAGAUUGAGAUUUCGGAGGAGCCCUGAAGGUGUAAAACAAACGCGUCGUCGUCGUCGUCAUCAAAAAUAUUUUUAGUGACAGAAAAAAUACUCUCAAAAAGCAGCAAAAUUAUGGAAAAGAAGAUACCGUAAUCCUUUCCCGUUUCAGUUUUGGAUUCUUUUGGAAAUCUCAGUUUGAAUGUGACAGACAACCAACUUAUCUCAGAAAUAUACACAAAAAUGGAAACAAAUUUAAUACGAGUGCUCGAGGGUCAGUACCUGGAUGAGCUGACCAGUGAACUGUGCGAUUUCUCGCUGGAAGAGCAGAAUGCGGCCACCGAAGCGCAGGGCGUUAAGCCUCUGGCCUCGUCGGAUUAUGUGCCCAUUGUUGGCAAAUCGGUCACCUACGUCGUGGCCUGUGUGAUUGUGAACGACAAAAACGAAGUGCUGAUGAUGCAAGAGGCGAAAGAAUCUUGUGCGGGCAAGUGGUAUCUGCCAGCUGGCCGGAUGGAACCGGGAGAGACGAUCGUGGAAGCUGGGGUGAGGGAAGUGCUCGAAGAAACCGGUCUCAAGGUUGACAUCACAACGCUCCUAGCAGUGGAAUCGGCUGGUGGCACGUGGUUCCGGUUUGUGUUGACGGGGCGAGUCACCGGUGGGGAUCUGAAAACCCCUUCCCAGGCGGACCAGGAAUCGAUUCAGGCCAAAUGGGUCGAGAAUCUCAACGAGCUGAGCCUGCGGGCGAACGACAUUCUGCCGAUCAUCGAGUUGGCGCGCAGCCAUCGGAGGCGCACUCCCAAAGACCCCAACUGGCACCGGGACAUAAUGCCGGCCCGGAAACCGCACUACAAAAAUUACCUGCGGGUAGUGGUGGCCAUCAAGAACAAAUCUACUAAUCAGGUUAGGAUUGUUGAAAUUAUGAUUUAAGAAAUAGUUAAAUUUUAAAGCGUCCACAUUUUACCUCUUAACACAAACACAAAAUUGGG